AUGAAAUUACGAUCAAUAAGCACAAUAGAUCAUCCAAAAGAAUUCUUAUUUCCAAUUGAACCAGAUCUUUCAGCAUCAAUGACUGUGAAGAAUUCUAAGAUUUACUAAAUCUACUAAAAAAAUAAAUAAGCUACUCCCAAUAGAAAUCCUUUAUAAUCUUAAUUCAAUUUUACUAAUACUUCUAAAUUAGAAAAUACAACAUAAAUAUCUCCAUUUAGAUUAUAUCCAGAGAAGACAGAAUUGUUAAAUUUAUCUUCUAAACGAUCUUUGACACCUUCCUCAAAUCCUCAACAAAUUAAAAUAAAAGGACUUCCUGAAAAAUUUAAUGAAAUUUAACUUAAAAGAUGUUUGAGACAAUAAGGAGUAGGAAUGGUUUAUUGUAGAUAAAAUUACAAUAAAAUUAAUAAUAAAGGUGAUGGAACAGGAGAGAUUAUGCUUGAAGAUAUAAAAAAUCUAAAUCAUGUUAAAAAGAGACUUAAGACAUUUGGAUUAGAAUUAGAAAAUGAAGGAAUAUAACAUGGAGUUAAACAUAUAAUAUCUGAUAAAUAUGCAAGAAUCUUAUAGACUGAAAGAAAUAAAACAACCAGAAAUCAACAUAAUUACUUUAGAGCAUGA